CAGCGCGGCGGCAUGGGCGGCGGCGUGGGGGCGCCCCUGCGGCCUGCGGCCUGGUCAUGCCUGAGUACCUUUCAGAAGCUGAACCAGAGGCGGGACAUCUCCUCCUGGCUGAUCCGAUGGUUCCCUAAAGCCCCAGCCAAGUCCGUGGUGGCCCUGAAAACACCCAUCAAGGUGGAGUUGGUAGCCGGGAAAACCUACAGAUGGUGUGUGUGUGGCCGCAGCAAGAAGCAGCCCUUCUGUGAUGGCUCCCACUUCUUCCAACGCACUGGCCUGUCCCCACUCAAGUUCAAGGCCCAGGAGACCCGCACAGUGGCCCUCUGCACCUGCAAGGCCACCCAGAAGGCCCCGUACUGUGACGGCACCCACCGGAGUGAGCGGGUGCAGAAGGCAGAAGUGGGCUCCCCACUCUGAGGGGCUGGCUGCCGUCUAGCCCCAGGCCUCUGGCAGACACCCCAUUUGUGGGGAAGGAAACGGGAGUGCUGAGCCCAAGAAGGGACCACCCAGGGACCCCAGUCCUCAGUGCUGGCUUGUGAAGGGCUUGCUCCCAAUACCUGAGGUCUCUCGGGCAGCCAGGGAACACACCCCUGGCUCAUCACCUGCUGGUGAAGGUGGUAUUAAACACCGUGCCCACCCA